GAUCUGCCUGCCUGACUUGUUAUCUGCUGUUGUCUGUAGAAUACACUUUCUACACCUUACCCAGACUUCUUGAUCGAGUUAGCAGAGUUGGGGACAACGGACCAGAAUAGGCUAUCGAGUCGCUGAAUCAUUGAUCCUUCGUUCGUUCGAGUAAGACGCAUCAGUAAUCGCAUUCAAGCAAUAACGAAGCAUAACAAUUGGCGACGGGGUAAAAAAAAAGAACAAUCCAAAGUCAGCCUUCAGCAUCCAGAUUUGUCAUCAGUGUCCUUCAGCAACAUUGGUCAUUAAUCAAACAGUAAUUUUCAUUACCGGUGCUGAAUAAAAAAAAAUGACUCUCCCUUCCGAUCGAGUACAGCUGCUAUUUGAAAGACAGUUGCAGUUUUUAGUCAAAUUACGCACGCAGCUGUUAAAUCACUCAUGCUUUGGAGAUGCAACGGAAGUGGAUGGAUUGAUCUCUCAACUGCACACAGAGCUGGAAAAUGUUUACAGCCCCAAUGAAUCCCCGAUAAACCGUAUUUCAAACGGUACAACAGUCACUCAAGAUUCGCCCAGUGGUCCAGUCCUCUCCAUUCCAGAAACAUGCCCGGUAAUGGACUCAAACUCCAUUAUCCCCAAAACAGCAUGUGCAGACGGUGACUUAUCCAGCUCACAAACACACUCCCUGGUAAAUGCUCAUAGAAUUGUCGCAAUAACCACCCAUGAAACAGAAAACAAAUCGAGCAGUACACUGAAUACAACUUCUUCAAAUGGUUCUCAUCAGUCUGCGACAGAUGUUUUUGACAAAUCUUAUUAUCAAGAUUCUCUUUUACCAGAAAAUAUGUCAGAUGCAUCAAAUGAUGAUCAAAAACUUAAUACAAUUUUGAUAGAUGCUAAUUACCUUGAUGAUCCAUUAUCUACAAAUAAGAUUCCAAAUAAAUUUGGUCACAAUAUUUCAGAAGAAUUAAACUUCGAACACCUCAUAUCAAGUGUCGUUCAGCCUCAAGACUUAGUCACUUUCAGUCAAUUCUCUGUUCAGUGCGAUAAAUAUGUCUUAAAUAAAUUCAAGUUAAUUAUAACGUGGGCAUAUGAAGAUCCAACACUGUUUCGUGGGGGAGGAUGGACCUGGAAAACUUAAAAUCCGGAUAUCAACUCCGGAUCUUCUAAAAAGGGGAGGAGUGUUGGGGACGAUAGAUCCCCAAAACUCAAAUUUUGUAAUUUACUUAUCGAUUAAAUGUGCAGAUAGGUCAAUUGAUGAACUAUCGAUUAAAUGUACAAAUAGGUCAAUUGAUGAACUAUCGAUUAAAUGUUCAAAUAGCAGUCAAUUGUUGAUUAAUGUUCAAAAAUCUUCCAUGACAAUAUCGAUUGUAAAUAUUUGUAUAAAUACGCUUGACUUGUAUGCUUGAUCUGAUCUGCCUGCCUGACUUGUUAUCUGCUGUUGUCUGUAGAAUACACUUUCUACACCUUA